UGUUUGUAGGUUUGGGUAUGACAAGUCGAGCUUGUCUAGGAAGAUUACCAAGAUUUUAAAGAACAAGUUUAAUAAGCCUUUCUACAGCUGGACUCGUGUGCCUAGAGACAGACAAGAACGCUACUUUCUGGAAUUUGCCAAAACUCACACAUGGGAUCCAUCAUUGACUGGUGUUGUGCAAGAACAUUUCGAGGCCAUUGCUCUUCUACGAAUGAAAGACAUGGUCAGCGAAGUAAGGACAUCUCGGCAGCAGCCUAAUUGGAUAGGCGACACACUCUGGAAACUAAUGACCGACUAUUGGGACACUGACGCUGCGGUUGCAAAGAGUGCUACAGCAUCAGCAUCUAGAAUGUCUGACCGUCAAGGUCUUGGCUUUCACACACAUAACUCUGGCCAGAAGUCUUAUAUGCAGCUCCACCAAGAGAUGGUUGUUGAAUUGGGAAGACCAGUGAGCUUUGGUGAAGUAUUCAUCAGAGCUCAUACAAAGUCAGAUGGAACCUUUAGUGAUUUCAAAGCUAAACAAGUUAUUGAGGCUUUCAAGAAGCAAAAAGAAGCUAAGUUGGCCACCCUUGAGACUGAUGAUCACACCGAGACUGGGCAGCAUCCACCACUAUCAAUAGAAGAGGAGAAUGAGCUGUUUAUUCAGGCCACUUUCACCAAUGACAGGGGGCAAAUUUAUGGCCUUGGAAGCUUGAAGAACCAACUUAAUGAAGUGGCAUAUGACCCAAGAAGCUUGUCCUCUUUCAUCCAAAUGCAACAGCAACUUGAAGAAGCUCAACGUCAAAUCAAAGAACAAGCUGCUCUUCUUGCAAAGGCUGAGGAAGAUCGUGCCCAAGCUGCUGCUGCUGCGGCAAUGGUUGAGGAAGAGCGUUCCAGAGUUAUAGCUACUCAGCAAGCUACGAUCGAUGAGUUGUUAAUGGUUCGGAAGUACAUCGCCACCACAGACCAGAGAUUCUUGGACUUCAUCUCCAAAGAAACAGCUUCAUCUGAUCCCCAUCAUGUUUAGGUCUUUCCCUUC